GAGAUAGAGAAGGAUUUGGAUGAUGUUCUACGUGAGGGUGAUUUCGAUGCGAUUGAUCAAACAGUGACUCCAAAAACCCUGGCAAGGUGUAAAACCAAUACUUUAAUCAAAUCUUUCCAGGUUGGUCUUGUAACUUUAUGUUUACCAAUUUUACCGGUAUACUUUACUCAAGGCUGUUUCGCCAGAAGAAGUGAAAAAAAUGUGAUCCUUAUUCACUGUGGUUUUGUUUCAGUACUCGACUUAGCUCGUCAUACGCAUACCACUCUCUCGAAUGAUUAGCAUUAAAACUAUAACCAGUCGUAACUUGUUCACUGUCCGAAAUUGUAUUUGUAUCUUUAUCACCCUUAAAGUAUCACUGGCUUGCAGUUAUAUCUUCUUUUGUUCUUACUGGUCAUCGAGGUUUCAGUGUGCUUUUUUACAACAGACAAUUGAGAAAACUCUCCUACCAUGUUCAUGAAUUGGAGGCUAACAAGAAAUCAGAAACAAUAUCAUUGAUUUUUUAAAGAAACUUUUGAUAAACAACAUAAAUGUACUUCCAUUUAAACGUAGGUCAAUAAAGCAUUGCGAGAUUUAGCAAAUGGUGCAAACCCGGAGGGAGACGAUAUAGAACAGCUAGAAAAAUCUAUAGGCGAGUUUACAUCAGCCUUGAUAGAUCCUCUUAAAGCCGACGCCGAUACCAGAAAUACAUUUAAAAGUUGUUUAGAUGAUGUGGUGGAGAAGGCAAUUGAAACGAAGCAGAAGAAGGUACUACACAAGUGAUAAAAAAGGUUUCUAAUGAAUACUUUCUGAUAUCCUUCUCCCCUAAAGUUGACUCUAGUGGGAAUGCUGUCGCCCAUCUAAUCACAUAGGUGCCCCUACCUUUACGUGCAGUGUAAGUAUGGAAAGAAGAAAAACAAUUAACAUUAUUAUAUACUAGACUUUCAGUCAACAAAACGAACACGAGGAUCGAUUCUAUAUUCGUUUCUUCAACCGCAAUGCACACAUAUAAUUUUCAUAUGUUUACAGCCAUUUUUCACCCCUUCGAAGGUCUAUUUGGAUCCAACAUAAUGACCAGCUCCCAGUUGGCUUGUUAGCUCGGUUGGUAGAGCACUGCACCGGUAUCGCAGAGGUCAUGAGUUCAAAUCCCGUACGGGCCUGAAUUUUUUUUUAAAGUCUUAUUUCAACUACUAGUUCAGUGAUGUUCAUAACUGCGAGGAUAGAUUCUAUAUUCGAGCACUGUGAUUGGUUGAUUCUUGAUCACGUGCCCUUUAUCAAAUUCAAAUGUAUUCCGACCAGGAUACAAUUGCGCAGUUGUUGCCCGCGCUCCGAGUACAACAGCAUGUUUUUGCCAUAUGACUGUUUGAGGGAAAGUCUAAAUAUAUAAUAAAACACUUAAUAUACGGUCACUCGGGAAACUAGUUAGUGUUGUUUUCUUCGUCUUAGGAAACAUCAGGACUAGAGGGCAAACAAAACUAACUGUUUCCCUCGGGACCAUACAUUAAGAACAUAAUGUCCCCACCAAAAACCACCGGUGAAAGCUUCCUCGCCGGUGUGAUAUUACAAAGGGGAAAAGAUAUUUUUUAAGAUUUAUGCACACAGUAUUACGAUAUACUUCGUACCAAUCAAAUGUACAGGACGUCAUUUUUAUGUUUCUCUACUUUAUGUACAAAGAAGCAAUUAAUCAAUUUUCAGUGAACGAAAUUUACAUUCUAGUGAAUCUACUGAAUAACGUGACGCCAAACUGAAUGAUUUAAAGACACUGAACACACCCACAGCUCGACGCCUUAGCUGAUCUGGCCAGAAAUUAUUUUCUAACUUAAAUUUUAUUAGUUAUUGCUAAGAAAUCUUUCACACCCUUGCUUUAGCAGUUCUAUUCUGUUGUAGAUUACAGAUGAGGUCAAAAUGUGGUAAGAACAAAAUGGUAGCACAUGACGCGCGGCCGGGUGUGUAACUGUAUGUUGCAAGAAUUGUUUUGCAUUUAAUGAAGCCAAACUUUGUUCAUGGUGACGUCCCCUAUGAGGUUCUCCUCUGAUAAGUACUGAGCAUGAACCAAUUCAAAUUCUGCUUAUUGUGUAAAACAAUGUAUUGACGAAUUUUUUUUGCAGUUCAUCUGUCACCCAGUGGUGUACAACUUGCUCAACUCCAGAUGGUACCGCUCCUUUUUCCACGUAAGAAAAGAAUCAUGGUGGACACCUAAACGCUGGGGAUACUUUUUUCUCAACCUCUGGACAGUGUUUGACAUCGUCUUUUUUCCCUUUCUCUUUGCCAUUUUCUUCGUCGUGCAUUUGGUAAAACGGGCCUUGAGGAGGAAAAGAGGUUUUUAAUAUCGUUUAUUAGCAUUCGUUUAGGUAGUUGACAUGGUACAGUAGAUGGUAAUGCGUUUUUAGCAAGCUCUCAGGUAUUCGAAAGGUUUGGGCUUAGAGGGGGAGAGGGGUGGGGCGCGGAGGGUGAUGGCUUUUCUGUAUUUUAUUCCUAAUUCCAUAAAACUGAGUUACCAUGCAAGCUGAGUUCUCUCAAUUGAAAAAAUACAGGAGUCCUUGGUAAAGCUAUUCGCGAAGCGCGGGUCACACAUUCUUCCCUGGCACGUGAAACGCGCUCUGUGCUUGCCUCGUGCUUACAAAAAACUAAGCCUGUUCUGCAGGUUAUAUCGUUCGAGGAGCGUCUACAGGCCUGGUAGUUGUUCCCACCUGAUCAUAACAGUCUUAAGAAUGGCUGAGAUCGUUAUAACUAAGUCAUGAGAUUAGAUACAAGCAGCCACUAGGGAGUUGUUGUGGUGCUUUGUAUCAGUUGUUGUAUGUUUCCUUUAUUGAUCAGGGGUUUAAUCGCUCACUUUCUAAUGCUUUCCUUGAUGAUUUUUUAGAAAAUGAAAUAUGUUUUGUUUUGACGCUGGGCAAAGAUACCUCAGAAAAAGAAUUUAUUCUAAUGAAAAGGACGAUAAACUACAUUGUUGGUGAAUAUGGCUGCCACUCUGCCAAAUACUGUGUUGUUUUACAUGAAGACUAUAAAAUUAUCGGUAAAGAGGGGUGGUCUACUGAGGCUGCACUUCCAGGAUGGAUUGACCCGUUACAGCUGCCAAACUCUACCACUUCACUCGCUAACGAUCUUAUGGUCACCCGAGAUGCAUUCACAAACCAAACACGUAGGGAAGAGGCCAAAAAGGUGAGGAAUACUUGAGCACAACCGUCUUCUUGAGCGCUGUCGAGUUUUGUCUCUUAACUUGCUCCCAUGGGCUCAUUUUGCAGUCAUGGGCUGGUUAUCAGGCCUUGGUUAGUUAUACUUACAAUUCAUAUUCAAUGUUGAUUGAUUUUGACGACCGCAAGCUACAGUUGAUUUUUCUUUAACGCAUAAACACAAAUCAUGUUUUAGUUAGUGUCAAUCGAUUUAAUUUCAACUCUCUGCUAUCCAUUUUACUAUUUGCAUUAACUGAUGCCUUCUCAGUCAAAGAGCAUGCUUACAUUUUGCAUACAAAUUAAUUAUUUAGUUCUUUAUCGUAUCUGGCAUUGUAUGUUAUGCAAUAGCUAAGAUACUUACAAGCGCAUCAGUAAUAUUUAAUGCAAAUCCAAUUAUUGUUGUUAAAAGUGUUUUUUUUUCCAUUGAAAAAAUUCAAGCUGCUCCUUUAAUUUAUAAGAAGGCCAGUGUAUUUUCAAAACUGAUAAGUUUGGGCUCAUAUUUGAUAAAACUUGUAACUUUGGUUUUGAGAAUCAAAGGAAUAAAUAUCACCUUUUUUUAAAAUUUUAUUUCUACAUUAGGUGGUCGUGCUCUUUCUUAAUGACUCGUUACGCAAGGUUGAGGCUAACACCGAGAGACUACCGUCGUUAGUAAAGGAGAUAGAAGAUAUGCAAGUUAACAUCGUUCCCGUCGGUAUCGGGGAGUACGCCAAAUUAUCAGAAUUAAAUAAGAUGGCAACUAAAGAUGGCACAGCACGUCACUUUGGAGAAUACGAGUCACCCGAGACGUUGGGAACAGCUGUCAUACAAGGUAAUCUAUGGAGGUUUAAAGUUAUGAUAUUAAAAAACCCUACGUAGCAUGAUUAUACUCUUAUUUGGUUUGGGAAAAAGAAAGUAUUGCAUGCAGUUGUUACAAUUCGAAUUGAGGAAGGUUUUAAACGGUGGUAUAUUUUUAGAAGCUUUAACUUUUCUCCCCACUGCUCGGAAGUAUGACUGGCUUUAUAAUUGAGAUGUUUUACUUUCUUACAGCUAUCGAGGGAAAGAACAUCUACGGUGAGGACGGGCUAUUUUUGGUAGCUAGAUUUCCAAAGACCAUUGAACUUUUUUUUUCUAAUACUUUUCGCCAGAUCGUUGGCGCUUUCAGAGUUUUCCUUUGAUAGCCUCCAUUGUAAGCUAGUGUCUCAAUCACUGUUGUCCUGGUAUAACUAUGAUUACUAUGAUGUCUUCCAGAGAAAUACAAGGAUUACUUUACGACUCCUUAUUUCAUCUUUUUCCGCGACACGCUGAGCUAUCUCACCUUUCUUGGUCUUCACUUCGCCAUUUGUCUGUCCCCUUCCUCUAUUGCCUUCACUCGACUAGAAUGGGCCAUUUUAGUUUUCUUCCUGGGACGCGUUUUGAUGGAGGUGGAUCAGUUUAUUAAAAAGGCUGGUAUGAAAGCACCAAAGGGUCAACAGGAGACAAAUGAGGCAGGAGAAGACAAUAUCUUGCUAAAGAUGCUUAGAAAUUAUUUCAGGUAUUUCAGGUUUUUAUUGUCUGUUUCUAGUUUUGGAAUGUGAUAAUACUAGAUUCUCAUUCGUGUUGGGGUAUGAUUAGGAGAGAAGGAUGGGAAAAAGAGAUAACAACUUGACUAAGGUAACAAAAUGAGCCAUUGUUCUCUGCUUUGGUGCCCCGAUCAUUUUCAGAGCUGCAUCAACCAAUCAUGAGGCGACAUUGUUCACUGUCAGGGUUCAUUAACUGGCUCAUGCUCAUUGUAACAACAGAUAGUGGUAAAUGUUAGAACUGAUUAUCUUGCUUGCGAAUUAUGCAAGGUCUUUUCACUGAUUACGUUAAAUAAUGCUCUUGUAAUACAGUUGGUAUCCAUUACUUUUAUAGAAGCGCUUGGAAUGUGCUUGACUUCAUCAUUCUUGUUUUCUACCUGAUCACCUUCAUCUUACGCAUAAUUACAUGGAAAAACUCCAUAGACGUGUCAGGCAACAGACUCUUGGCUGUGUCAGAGUAUUUCUAUGGAUUUAUCGCCAUGUUUCUCACACCAAGAGCCUUUGGUCAAGUCAUUGAACGCUUGCGGGGAAUGGGUGCAAUACAAAUCGCUUUGUUCUUUGUUAUCUGGGAUGUAAUGGCGAUAUUUUCGCAGUUUUUGGCCAUGAUAAUUGCAUUUUCUCUGGCUAUGACCAAGGUAUAUCUUUCUGAGAAGGCGUAUACCUCAGGAAAAGAUUCCGUCGAGGAUUUGUGAGUACAUGUUGCGAUCUUUCUCGAACUCAUGAACAACAGAUUCUAAGUUGCUGGGCAUAUUCAUUUGUUACUUUUUUUAUAGUGGGCUGGGAGAGCUUUUCUUUUAUGUUCUGGAGGGGAACCUCGUGUCUGUCUGAACCACCAAUGUAGGAAACAGUGGGCUAAAACCUAAGCAAGUGAGAUUUAGUUUUGUGGAUGGGAAGCCUAACAGAAGAGUAAAACUACUUAGAUCAGAAUGUCAAACUCUGCACGAAAGGCCGAUUUUUUUACGGUCUUAAUGAAUACUCAGGGAGGAGAUCUCACAAAGAGGACCCAAUGAAUAAGGCACUACGUAGCACCACUACUACACAAAAGGUUUGACAUCAAAUUACGAUAGCCUGAUACCCAAUGAUCAUCGCUGGGUCAGUCAAAGUCACAAAUUAUGGGGUCAGUGAUUUGCUACACACUGACUUUAAAGGAGCGAGGGUGCUUCUGGAAGCUAAACGGUAAACCAUGGCAACGGUUUCUUUAACAUUCAUUUUCUCCUAUCAUUUUAAGGGUAUGCAGCGAUUCCGGGAUAAUCUGGUAAGAGUGAAAUAGUUGUUGUUAUUUUUUACUCUAAUUUUUAACUUUGUACUCUGAUGUCUGAGAUAUACCAUAUUACACGAAAUCUUUGCCAAACUUUAAUUUCCCGCUUUCAGUAUGCCGCGAUUAUUUUAAAACUCAUCAUUUCAAGCGUGAAACUUUUAGGCGAAAAAAGUCAGCGACCCAGUACGUCAGCUAGGUUUCACUUGCGUUAAACAAUGAUUAAUAGCUGGUUAUCUAUCUACCCGAGAGAUCGGAUCGAUAGAUUUGAAUCUAUGAUCCAUGUAGGAGCAGUGACACAAUGGCUUCCAGGAUACAGACGUUUAAAAACAUUUAUGGCGGUCAUAACGAUUUAAAUUUUAAAAAUUGAAUGGUUUUCGACCUAACUCGUUGCUUAUGUUCUUCAGUUGGUGGAACAUGGCGAAACACCAUGGUUGGUCUUUACUGGGUUUAGUUGACCUGGAUAGCUUGAACUCCGUCGACAAUCCAUCCGUUUCUCUUAUUCAUGUGCUGUACAGCUUCUUCUUAAUCAUGGCAGUUGUUUUUCUCGUGCACAUGAUGGUUGCGUUGCUCUCCAACACCUAUCAGCAGGUUCAGGUACUAAACAGUCUCUUUACCUUCGCUGAUAUAAAUUAUAUUAAUUCUGUUCAUAAUUCCAUAUGAGAAGUUCUCGACAGUAAACUUAGGAGGACUCUUUUGGCGUAAGAUAUAAAAUAUAUUUUUCGCAAAGUUCAUAAGAUUCUAUGAUCAUUUAUAAAUUUAUUUUUGGCCGACUGACACUGUAGACGAAAAUGAUGGUGGAUAUUGUCCCUUAGGUAUGAUAUGUCAAAAAUAUUCUUACGCUAUAGGAGUGUCGCCUGUUGUUUUUAUUAACUGGUAUUUACUUAGAGGCUGUUACGUCCCUCUCUAUUCCUCUGUUAUUAGGAUAAUUCACUGCAGGAGUGGUCUUUCAUGAGAGCCAUUACUGCAAGGACUUACAUCACCUAUCAUCCGAUACCAGUGCCUUUCAACCUUUUGUCUGUCCCCUUGAUAGUGCUCUGGAACCUCUGUCGUAAGUGUUCGUGUAGAACAUGGUGCGACACUCCUGCUUCGCUCGAGGGCGGACGGGUAAGCUGGUAACGCCUUGCCAAUUAAUUUUGUGAGUUUUAACAAGCUGCUGUUGUUUAAAGGUAUCAUUCACGUCUGCUCAGUGAUUUUACUUCACUUUCGAUGUGGCCUUCUUUGAUUCGACAGAGAGUGGCUCUGGAUAAAGUGGUGAAAAAACUAGAAAGCGUGUACUUCGAGAAAUACGGUUAUGAAUUUCCCCUCACAGGUGGGUGAUAUGCUAGGUUGGUAGAUAGCCCCAGAAAUCUAUGACAUGGUGAUACAAAAGAAUAUUGCGCAAAGAGAUGCUCUACUACUAAACCUUGCUUUGUUAUUAUCAAUUUCUUUAGAAAUUUAACAUUUCUGAAGAACGUUAAACCAUUAGAGGUUGGAAUAAAACAUGAAAUAAAAAAUCACAAAUAAUUCUAAUAAUGAUGGUCUCUUCAUAACGAAGCGUAUUGGGAAUAUUUUGCUAACACGAUUCAGAAAAGGCCAAUUUAAUACUUCGUUCCUCGCUUUGUUUUAGAGGGGAAAAAGAUGGACCACCUGGUGCAUAAAAAAUGAGGAAGGUCGAAGAUUGGCCAAUCAGAUAGUUCGGCAAGUAUUCCGGCCGCGUGGAAACAAGGAGGAGAAACUUGCGUUUGGCCAAAGAGUGAGUGUUUUUCAUGCCCACAUUCGCAUGUUAAUUAAACAAGAAGUUUCCCUACCAUAUACUAUAGAUCCUGCUACAUCAGGAUACACCUUUUUUUACCUUUUUAAUUUUCAUUUUUUACCCUUUCUCUCGAACAAAAAUUUAAAUGUGCGAUUAAGAAAAUCACUCAAGAAAUGUUGCGCUGUAGUUUCCUUCUACCCUUGAAGAAAAAUGAACUGUUUUGUUGUGUCUUAAAAAAUGUGAUCUCAAAUGCUGCUCCGGAAAUUUAAGUACAAAAAAAGUCAACAAAAUUUGCUUUCAACGAAAAUGAACGGGAGGGCUAUAAAUUGAAUAAAACCCCUUAUAGCUUGCUGGUAUGUCGGCUGAUAACGUCCCCGGUUCAGAAAUUGUCUUUAAGUUUUCAAAUUUCUCCUUGAAGCUUUGGUUCUUGGCCAAAUAUUCAUUUUUGGACGAUGUCUCAGCCGCUAACAUUUUCAAGUUACAUAGCAGCCACCUGAAGGGGUCUUUCAUGUUACUAAAGUUUUGUUCGAUUGUCAUUUAAAGGCGUGGUAUGAUUCGCCGGGAAUUACUGUCGAUGGCUGUCUCCUAACUUACAAGGGACCUGAUUCCUGCAAAACAUGCAAAGAAGGAAAACCUAGGAACAUUCACAGUGCCAAAUUCAAGUCUCCCUUUACACCAGAGACACCACGAUUUGAGGUGUGCUUUUGAUUCAUGGAGAAUUAUUUGCGAACAACAAAUUUAAUUCAAAUACUUCCUGCUUCAUGAUAGACUCUCUGAAGAUGCAACAUAAGCACAUAUCCUUUUGACCCUCUUCCUUUUAAGAAUCUCUCUUUUGUAGUAGCUGGUAUUCUUUUCUAUUUUGGAGAACUACUGACACUCGUUUUUUUAAGAAUGAACCUAAUAGUGCCUCCAUAUUAGAAAGACAAGACCGGUUCCUAAAAACAUCUUUAUGUUCCUCUUGUGGUAUCCUACUCUCACCUUCUUUCAUGAUAACUUGUCAACAUCGAUCUCGUUUGGGCACUUAACCCUGUAACACCUAAGAGUGAUUAGCAUGUAAUUUCUCCACAAAUUAUCAUCCCUGUGUUGAACAUUAGGGUCACAAGAAUAAAGUAAAUCAUCGCCAACCGAAAAAGCUCUUCAUUGUUUAACUAUAAUUCUUCCUUUUUAGCACAAAUGUAGGAACCUCAGGCGAAGCUAUGGCGUGCGGGCGUGAUAUCAGUGAUAACGCUCGAGAGAGCGCACAGAGUCGAACGCAAUUACUUCAAUUAGCAGUCCUUUGACUCAUAUCUUUAAUUUAUCGCUCAGUUCUGGAGUUGUCCCAGCAGAGCUCAUUCAAAUAUCAAAUGUGGUGUCCCUCAGGGCUCCAUUCUUGGUCCUCUGCUCUUGCUAUUUACAUCAAUGAUAUGUGUGAUGUCUCAGAGGUUUUGGGCUUCAUUCUUUUUGCUGAUGAUACAAAAAUCUUUUUCUCUCAUAAAAAUUUGAAUUUUAUCGAGAAAACCUUGAAUGAAGGAUUGCUUAACCUAACAGACUGGUGCCGAGUCAAUAAGCUUUCAAUAAAUAUAAUUAAAUCAAAUUUCAUGGUUUUAAAACCAAGACAGAAAAGGGAAAAUCUUAACAUUAAACUAGAGUUUAAACAAUGUACUAUACUAGGUGUUAUUGUUGACGAAAAUUUGUCAUGGAAACUGCACAUUGCUAAUAUCGUUAGCAAAGUUUCAAAAUCCAUCGAUAUAGUCUAUAAAGCUAGUCUCUGCCUACCUACUUCAACUUUUUUUACCCUGUGCUAUAGUCUUGUUUAUCCCUACUUACUUUAUUGCAUUAUGGUAUGGGACUUCACUUAUCCAUCCACCUUGAAACAUAUUGCUCUACUCCAGAUAAAGGUGGUACGAUUUAUAUCAAGAAGUACUUUUAACGCUCAUACUGAACCUAUAUUUAGGCAGUUGAAAAUACAAUAUGUAUCGAUUUUAAAUAGGAAAGAUCAUGUUUUUGUUCAAGAUAGGCCGUCUUCCCGAUGCUCUUGGAAGAUUACUUCAUUUUCGAGUAGCAGUCAUUCCUAUUACGCCAGACAAUGCAUUUCUUUUACAUACCCCUUUGCAGAACAAAUAUCAACAGUUUGCGUUAUGUUUCCAAGGACGUAAAUUUUUCAAUUCUUCGAAUACAGAAAUCCAAAAUGUUGGCACACUUUCCCUGUUUAAGUUCAAAUUAAGAACACUACUCCUAAGUUGACUUCCUUUUUCUUCUUCUUUCUCUCCUUCUUUUUAUUUAUUUAUUUAUUUUAUUAUUAUUUUUUUUUCUGACUUUUCUCUCGCUGCUUAAGUAUAUAUUUGUUUGAGUGCCUGCUAUUAUUGUUGUUGUUUUGUGUGUGUGUGUGUGUGUGUGUGUGUGUCUUUUCCUUUUUAACCUAAAACAUUUUUGUACCUAAAUCACGCCAUAAAAUUAAUACCUCACUUUUGUAAAAUACGAGGAGCCUGUAGCUCGCAUAAGCCUCCUGGUUUCCCUACGGGUUUCCUCGCCACAUGCAAAAUCUUCUGCUAUAUCAUAUUAAUGUAAAUGAAAUUCCUUCUUUAUUCCUACUGAUGUACCAUAAUUACAAAAUGGCAAAAAAAAAAAUGUAUGGAGUACCGCUAGAGAAAAUUCAUGAUGGUGUUAGGGUGUGAAAGGUUAUGUUUAUCUCCUUGCUCCACUUCGUUGAGGUGCAUGUCAGGGUCAAGUUAUAAGGCCUUAGAUGACCACCUUUGAAUAACGUAAUGGUUUUUAUUAAUUUUAUUAUUGCUAUUAUUAUUUAUAUUCUUGCCAUUAUUUUAUACUUAUCAUCAUUAUUGCAGUUGUUAUUAUAGCUGCUUUUUUUGUUCAUAUGAUCCUUAUUUCGGGUGUUGAUUGUUUAUAUUAUCACUAACAUCGUCUUUAUCAUCGUUAUUAUCUUGUUUUGAUCUAAGAAACUAGUAUUCCCUCGCGCUCAUUUGCGAAAAACCCAUUCUCAGCCUGAAACAAAAAUUAAAAGCAUGGGACUUGGGCUUGGGGCAACUGUAACAACAGAGUCUAAAAAGCAAAAGUCCGUCAUUGUUUUGCAGGUACUUAUUCAGGAGACUGGGGAAAGGCGUAUUGCGGCUCUUGGUGCUGUGCAUGAGUCGUACGACUGUCACAAAAUGCCUGGCUGGUAUAGUGGAACAGUCGGUUACCACAUAGACGAUGGUAAAAUAUUUGAAACUGGCUUCCAUGAGCUGGGAAAAAAAGUCGAAGGUAUGGGUUACUUUGACGAUAGGUGAACGAUAUCUGCCGCAAGGAUCUGUUGGCGCUUGGAAACGUAGUCAAUGCCUUGCCGUCCUUGCCCCAUGUUUGGUUUAUUUUGCUAUCUUUUUGCUAUGUACUUAAUGUUUUCUGUUGAUAACUUAGGAGCUAUGGCUUACCGCGGCGAUCUCAUCGCAUGUGAAGUUGAUUUUAGUGGAGUCCCCGAGGAAGUCUCUGUGUUGUUCUCCUUGAACGGUAGAGAGGUAGCGUGUUGUUCAUUGGAGUAUACAGAGGGAAAUAAACUAUUUCCCUUCGUUUCAUUGGGAUUUGAAGGCAUUACAGUGCUCACCAAGGUAUGUUUGAAAGAG